AUGACGGACUCUAUUGAUAAAUUAGCGGCGCAGUAUUUUCAGCUGGUCGAGCUCCAGCACUUGGCCCUCCCACCAGGCUCUGUGCUGAUCCAGCCAGCCGUGCAAGCAGCCUUAUACGAGCGCAUGUUCAACGAAAAUGCAGUCUUUCCCAUCCCACCAGACAGCUACCGAAGCCGAGUGCUGAAACAGAUUCUCUCGCGGAUCGAGGAAUCAAUUACCGACCCCGAGGAGGAUGAGAUCAACGACGAUCUCAUGGAAAGCUGGAGCACACUAGUCUCACAGCCGAAACCCUCAGCCCUGCAACAAGCGCAGCAGCUGUCGUUAGUCAAGUACACAGCGCCAACAUCCAGCGCGGGAAGUCCCGAGCGCACUGUCACGACCUCUGAAUCGCGCGGCCUGAUUCUGUCUGCUGGAACCACCGGAAAUCGAACAUGGGAGGCUGCUCUGCACCUCGGUUCGUUCCUGGCCUCUGAGACGGGCGAGGCUCUUGUGCGCGGUAAGCGAGUUAUCGAAUUGGGCGCUGGCACGGGCUUCUUGUCGCUGGUUUGUGCACGCCAUCUUGGUGUGCGCUCUGUUGUUGUUACUGAUCGUGAGCCGGCGCUUAUUGAUAAUAUUCGUGAGUGUGUUAAGCAUAAUUUGCAGGGGCGGGAGUCCAUUCCUAUUUAUCCUGCUGUUUGGGAGUGGGGGACCCCGUUGGUGAGGGAGGGGGAUCUUGCUGGGUUGGGUUCUGAUGAGGGUGAGGAGGGGACUGGGCUGAGGUUCGAUGUUGCUCUCGGUGCUGAUCUGAUCUAUGAUACCGACCUUGUUCCCUUACUCCUGUCUACUGUGCGGGAUCUUUUCGAGAACUAUCACAUUGAAGAGUUUAUCAUUGCUGCGACCCUGCGCAAUGAGGAUACUUUCCGCACGUUCUUGAAUGCCUGUGAAACCAACUCAUUCGCUGUUGAAACUCUCCCGUUCGAAUCGACACCAUCAGAAGACCAGACGGGUUUCUUCCAUUCGACCAGCAUCCCAAUCCGGACGUAUCGGAUUUCGCGGUCGAAAUAAGCAGCCAUCUGAACUGCGUCCUGCGUUUACAUCACGAGGUAAUCAAAUUAUACAUAGAAAAGUCUCAAAC